GUUGAUUAACUACAGCUGGGUGAUCUCUCCAGAUGGAGGUCAUGUACGAUGUACCGGAUCUCUCGCCAGAGGGACCUAUUGGCAGUGGAAUGGCUCACCACAUGACGGCAUCAACCACUGCCUGGCAUUUUACACGCUGACGGUCACGGCAUUUCCUCUGUAAAGGUUUUCUUAUCCUGCUGGUCAACCGAUAGAUACAGCAACGACAGACUUUCGGGUGCUUCGAGCGCGUGGGUCUCUACAGUGUAAAGCGUUGCAGUAGCAAGAUUCUACAUGCAACAUGACAGCAGUGUCUGCCACCAGGGUCGACUCGCGUGAAGCUUCGUCCUGCAGCUCACUCACUUUGCAUUUUACCUUUUCAAGCGCGGAACUCCCCAUUCAAGAUUCAUGAAGUUCACCGUCUUCGUCGCGACCUUCCUGACCAUCGCCAGUGCUGUCCAGGCUGGAAACCCGCAGAAUGCCAUCCAGCUCUCUGCAUCGGCGCAGGCGGACAACGCAGAUAUUGUCAUUGUAACCCCCGCCCCCACGACACUUACAAAUAUCCCAACACCGGCACCGACCAACUUCAGCGAUCCAACUCCAGCACCGACAUAUCCCACGGCAGCACCGACGGAAAGUGCUGACACAGCGGAAUUGGACGAGCGUUCGUCCGCCUCAACCACUGGCAUUGUGGGCGUGGCAUACUCGAGCGAGGGCACAGUUGGGGUGGCGUAUUCCACCACCCGUGCAGAAUACGAAGCAGAGAAGAGCCCCAGCAACGAUUCGAGCGGCAGCGCCACCGUGCCCAUUGUCGUCGUUGGAUGCUUGGUCGGAGUGCUUGGUAUGGUGGCAGCCGUUGUGAUCGCGAGAAACCGCAAGGGAGCUGCAGAAGAAGGUGAGACGGACUACUGCAAUGGUGUCAAUACGCCUGCUUCGGUGAAGGCUGAGGAAGCCUACGCCAACAUCAUCCACACGCCUGCUGCGGGUGAAGCAGGCGAGGUUGAGUACUCCAAUGCCGUCCACACGCCGGUUGCAACCGUGUAAGCAACUCAUCGAUUCUUCGGUGCAAUUGUUCAGUGCAAUGGUUUUGUCUAGUGGUGAAGGAUCGAACUUCGUCAUGCGAUGACAAGCUAUGCUCCUCUACAGUUUGAGCUGCAUUGCCGUUCAGUGUUUGCUGUUAGUUGUUUUUGAGUACGUAAGCGUAAAUGAGUGUGAGGUGAAGUGUAUGUACAAGUGCGUAAGUCGGUAAUUGUGGUGUCGUUUUCAAUAAUAAGAGCAGUUUUGGGUGAUGU